AUGGAUGAAACACUCAUUAGUACCAUUAACAAGUUACAAGAUGCAUUGGCACCUUUAGGUGGUGGGUCUGCUUCACCUGUCGAUUUGCCACAAAUUACUGUGGUUGGUUCACAAUCAUCUGGUAAAUCUUCUGUCCUUGAGAAUAUUGUUGGCAGAGAUUUCUUACCAAGAGGUACAGGUAUUGUCACUAGAAGACCAUUGAUUUUACAGUUGAUCAAUAGAAGAAGCACUCCAGGAUCAGAUAAAAAUAGUUUGAUCAAGUUAGAUGGUGAAAACAACCAAGAAGAGUGGGGGGAAUUUUUGCACCUUCCUGGAAAGAAGUUUUACAACUUUGACGAAAUUAGAAAUGAAAUUGUUGCCGAAACUGACAGAAAAACAGGUAAAAACGCUGGUAUCUCACCAGUUCCAAUUAAUCUCAGAAUUUAUUCUCCUCAUGUUUUGACUUUAACUUUAGUCGAUUUACCAGGGUUGACUAAGGUCCCAGUUGGUGAUCAACCAAAAGAUAUCGAAAAGCAAAUCAAGGAUAUGCUUUUGAAGUUCAUUUCUAAACCAAAUGCCAUCAUUUUAUCCGUCAACGCUGCCAAUACUGAUUUAGCUAAUUCUGAUGGUUUGAAAUUAGCCAGAGAAGUUGAUCCUGAGGGUUCGAGAACCAUUGGGGUUUUAACCAAAGUAGAUUUGAUGGAUAGGGGAACAGAUGUUAUUGAUAUCUUAGCUGGUAGAGUUAUUCCUUUGAGAUAUGGUUACGUUCCAGUUAUCAACAGAGGGCAAAAAGAUAUUGAACAAAGAAAAACUAUCAGAAGCGCAUUGGAAGACGAGAAGGUUUUUUUCGCCAACCACCCAUCAUACGCCAGCAAAUCCCAUUAUUGUGGUACUCCAUACCUAGCCAAAAAAUUAAAUUCGAUUUUAUUGCACCAUAUCAAGGCUACUUUGCCAGAAAUCAAAAUGAGAAUUGAAACUGCCCUCAAGAAAUAUCAGCAAGAAUUGAGUGCUUUAGGUCCAGAAAUUGUCGAUAGUCCAUCAUCAAUUGUGUUGAGUGUAAUUACCAGCUUUUGUAAAGAUUACACCAGCAUUUUGGAUGGGGAGUCAAAAGAUAUUAGCUCCAACGAGUUGAGUGGUGGUGCAAGAAUUUCAUUUGUUUUCCAUGAAGUAUUCAAAAACGGUGUUAAUGCUUUAGAUCCAUUUGAUCAAAUCAAAGAUGCUGAUAUCAGAACAAUUAUGUAUAACUCUAGUGGUGCUAAGCCUUCCUUAUUUGUUGGUACUCAAGCUUUUGAAGUUUUGGUUAAACAGCAAAUCACUAGAUUCCAGGAUCCAGUGUUGAGAUGUGUUAAUUUAAUUUUUGAUGAAUUGGUAAGAAUUUUAUCCCAAAUUUUAUCUCAUCCACAAUACGCUAGAUAUCCUGCAUUAAAGGAGAAAGUUUCCCAAGUAUUUAUUGUUUAUUUGAAGGAAAGAUUGAUCCCAACUAAUGACUUCGUGGUGGACAUUAUAAAAUCUGAAGAGAAUUAUAUUAAUACUGCACACCCAGACUUAUUAAAGGGUAGCCAGGCAAUGUCCAUGGUUGAAGAUAAAUUACACCCAAACAAAAAUGUACAAGUGGAUCCAAAAACUGGUAAACCUUUGAGUACAUCAAAGAAUCCUGUUACUGUGACAGUUGAUGAAAAUAAAAAUGGCGGAUUCUUUGGAGGGUUCUUUUCAUCCAAGAAUAAGAAAAGAUUGGCAGCUAUGGAAGCUCCGCCUUCUACUUUGAGAGCUUCUGGUAGCAUGACUGAAAGAGAAACCUUGGAAACUGAAGUAAUCAAAUUAUUAAUUCAAAGUUAUUUCAAUAUUACUAAGAAGAAUGUUGCUGAUAUAAUACCAAAGGCUAUUAUGUUGAAAUUGAUUAAUAAAUCAAAAGACGAUAUUCAAAAGAUUUUGUUAGAAAAAUUAUAUGGUGGUAAUGAUGUUGGUGAUUUGAUCAAAGAAAAUGAAUUAACUGUUCAAAGAAGAAAGGAAUGUUUGAAGAUGGUUGAAGUUUUGAAAAACGCAAACGAAAUUGUUUCCAGCGUUUGA